AUGUUGACGGCGAGACAGUUGUCGUUUCUUUCACGACCAAGAGGAGAGCCUGCACCUGCUCUCCCUGCUGAUCAUGUUGUGAAUUUGAGACAAGGCAGGAAAAGGAAGCAUGGGCAAAAGGACAUCGCGUAUUCAUGCGACCAGGAGCUCAUCAGUUUUGAUUGUGCCCCUGUUUGCAUCAUUUCCAGCGGCGACGGACAGGCAACUCUUGCUUUCAAACGCGGUCAAAGCCAUGUUUACACCGUCGGAUUGUUUCCUGAACCCGAUACCAACUUGGAAUGCAAAAAGCAUCCAGUGGCCAACUCUUAUGUGGUUUGA